AUGAGGGAAAUUGUUCACGUACAAGCUGGACAGUGUGGCAACCAAAUUGGUGCUAAGUUUUGGGAGGUGAUAUCAGACGAGCAUGGCAUUGACCCCACUGGAACCUACCAUGGUGAUUCUGACUUACAGCUAGAAAGGAUCAACGUCUACUUCAACGAAGCAACAGGUGGUAAAUAUGUACCUCGUGCGAUUUUGGUUGAUCUUGAACCCGGAACGAUGGACUCUGUCAGAUCUGGUCCCUUCGGUCAGAUAUUUCGGCCAGACAACUUUGUAUUUGGGCAAAGCGGUGCUGGUAACAAUUGGGCCAAGGGUCACUACACAGAAGGGGCCGAAUUAGUGGACUCCGUGUUGGAUGUAGUGAGGAAAGAAGCUGAAAGCUGCGACUGUCUACAGGGAUUCCAGUUGACCCAUUCUCUUGGAGGUGGCACUGGUUCCGGUAUGGGAACACUGCUGAUCAGUAAGAUCCGAGAGGAAUAUCCCGACAGGAUCAUGAAUACCUUCUCUGUGGUUCCUUCACCAAAGGUGUCCGAUACGGUAGUCGAACCUUACAACGCCACAUUGUCUGUCCAUCAAUUGGUGGAAAAUACUGACGAAACUUACUGCAUCGACAAUGAAGCUCUUUAUGACAUUUGUUUCCGGACCCUAAAACUAACCACUCCAACUUAUGGUGAUUUGAAUCACUUGGUAUCUGCCACAAUGUCCGGCGUGACCACUUGUCUGCGCUUCCCUGGACAACUGAAUGCUGAUUUGCGUAAAUUGGCUGUCAAUAUGGUCCCCUUCCCUCGUCUGCACUUCUUCAUGCCCGGAUUUGCACCCCUUACUUCAAGAGGAAGCCAACAGUACCGAGCCCUCACUGUUCCUGAAUUGACCCAGCAGAUGUUUGAUGCUAAAAACAUGAUGGCAGCUUGUGAUCCCCGCCACGGGCGAUACUUGACUGUGGCGGCAAUGUUUAGAGGGCGAAUGUCAAUGAAAGAGGUGGAUGAACAGAUGCUUAACGUACAAAACAAGAACAGCAGUUAUUUCGUCGAGUGGAUUCCAAAUAAUGUGAAGACAGCUGUCUGUGAUAUUCCUCCCCGCGGCCUGAAAAUGUCUGCUACUUUCAUUGGUAACAGCACGGCCAUUCAAGAAUUAUUCAAGCGAAUCUCUGAACAGUUCACAGCCAUGUUCAGGCGAAAGGCUUUCUUGCAUUGGUACACGGGAGAAGGAAUGGACGAAAUGGAAUUCACAGAAGCAGAGUACAACAUGAACGACUUGGUUUCUGAAUACCAAUAA